AUGGCGAACAAAACACAAGCUCCGACCUGCAAGAUCGAUCUUCCUGGCGGCAUUGGCAUCAGAGCCUACCGAGACAGCGACACCGCAUCAAUAUCGCGAAGUGCCAAUAACCCAAAUGUGGUGAAACAUCUAAGAGACCGAUUCCCAUUUCCCUACACCGAAGAAGUCGCCAAGUCCUGGUUCGACAUCGUCACCCAAGAAGAGAACAUGACACGCUCCGGCAAGUGGACGGUAGAACACGGCGCAGAAGGACCCCUCACAGUAACAAACUACGCCGUCACCGUCAACGAUGAGGCCGUCGGAGCAAUCGGUCUCGAUUUUGGCAAAGACAUCUAUUUACGGACCGCAGAAAUCGGCUACUGGCUCGGCGAGGAGCACUGGGGCAAAGGUGUCAUGUCCAAGGCGGUGCCGCCGUUCAUACAGUGGGCGUGGGAUACGUUUGGGGUCCUGGCUCGUGUGAAUGGAGAGGUCAAUGCGGAAAACAAGGGGUCUGCGUCGAUUUUGAAGAAGGCUGGUUUUGUUGUUGAGGGGCAUAGGUCCAAUGGUGCUUUCAAGAAUGGAGAGUUUGUGGAUUUGGUGAUACUUGGGAUGGUGCGGCCGUCUUGA